ACACACACACCCCUUCCAUUCAUUCUUGGUUUGUUUCACCGAACGUGCAGAUAUAGAAAGUACCUUAGGGAAGGAGUUCCAAACGAAGGAAAAGUACCUUAGGUGUUUCUUACAUCAAACGCAACAUGGAGAUGACUAGAGAUAUUUUGGCACAGCUGCGAAUUAAGAUAGGAUCGUUGACCUCUCAACAGGACGGGGAUGAGUGUUGUAUCUACAGGGUGCCCAAUUCGUUUCGAAAGGUCAGACCGGAAGCCUACACUCCACAACUGAUUUCAAUAGGUCCUCUUCACCGUGGCGAUGAAAGACUAAAGGACAUGGAACAGCAAAAAUUGAGAUAUUUCAAAGAGUUUGCUGAACGGGAUGGGAAGGGUAUGGAGGAAAUCCAGUAUCUUGUGAUGAGCAUUCAGGAGAAAGAAGAGAGGAUCCGAGCCAGUUAUUCAGAGAACUUCAGCGAAAUUACAAGCAGUGAUUUCAUAGAGAUGAUCCUGUUGGAUGCAGUCUUCAUCAUUGAGUUUUUGAAGGCUUCAAAUGAUGAUGAAUGUUGCUACCCAAAGUUUUCGGAAACAAACCACGACAAAAACAGCCAUCAAUACCGCGCGGGAAUGUUGGACAAUGGACAUUCUAAAAGUAUUAAGCCCUGGAUGAUAUUUGACAUACGAGAAGACUUGAUGCUACUUGAAAACCAACUACCUUUCUUCAUUAUUAAGGAAAUAUAUGACGAGGCCUGUCGCAAAGAACCAAUAGGCAUUCCUUUUCUUGAUCUUGCUACCGUUUAUUUUGGAAAGUACACGUUUUCACAAGGGGUGCAAAACACCGACCCGGAUGUAGAGGGAAGCAGGCAUUUCACUGAUUUACUAAGGAAUUUUAUGUUGAAGGGAUCCAUUGAACGAGGUUAUAGUUUUAAUCCUAUCAAGCUGAAAUAUAAUGCCGUCAUGCUUAGCGAGGCAGGGGUGAAGUUUCAGGUAACCGAAGACAAAUGUUUGGUCAACAUAAAAUUUGAGGAAGGAGUGUUGAAAAUACCACGCUUGGAAGUUGAUUACUGCUUCGAACGUUUUGUACGAAAUAUCAUGGCCUUGGAGCUGUGCUUCAAACCGUUUAAAGCUUACAUAUGCAAUUACAUUAUGUUUAUGGACCUUCUUAUCGACAGUGCAGAAGACGUGGAUUUGCUAGCUGAAAAUGGAAUUAUUCUCAACUGGUUAGGUGACGAUGCCGCACUUUCAAAUAUGAUUAACAAGCUUUGCGAAACAAUCACGGACACUUAUACGUGCUAUGAUGAUAUCUGCAGAAAGAUGAAUGCCCACUAUGAGAACCGCUGGAACCAUAGAAAGGCAACCUUGAAACUUGUAUAUUUCCCCAAUGUUUGGAGAGGUACGGCAACUGUUGCUGCAGCUAUCCUGCUGAUCCUCACUUUCAUACAGGCUAUAAGUUCCGCAAAAUCAUUAUUCUAGGAUUUUAUCUUGCUUAGUUUUAUUAAUCCUACCUAUGAUUGAUGUGAUUGUUAUUGUUAAUUUCCUUAGAAUAUUGUUGUUAAACUCUGGGUAUGUGUAUUUCUGAACUAAUAAUGUUGUUGCAAA